AAAUCCCAAAAGAUCUUGCGCAAGGCCGUUGUCUUUCUCUGCUUUGAGAGGAUUAGGAAUAAUGUGACAAAGGCAAUUUGGAAGGAGAACAAGGAAGCUCUGCCUGCUGUGAGGGGAAAAAAAAAGCAAAGCCCCUUUGUCUCUAAAUCUUCCUUCCUUUGCGGCUUCUCUCUGUUCGUGCAUAUAAAGUGGAUUUCUAAUGGCAGGUUCAUUAGUUAAUUGGUCAGGUCAGGGUUUACAAAAGUUGGGACCCACUUUAUCCUGCGAUGCUGAUGCACAUACUUUGGUUCUGGAUAAAAACCAGCUAACUAAAUUGGAGCACCUGGAGAAUUUCAGGAACCUGCUACAGCUGUCAGUUGCCAACAAUCGGCUGGUGAGGAUGAUGGGUGUAGCCAAGCUGACUCAGCUUCAAAUAUUAAAUUUGCCAAAUAACAGUAUUAGUUAUGUAGAGGGAUUGAAGGAUCUAGUGCAUUUGGAAUGGCUAAACCUGUCAGGAAAUAAUUUAAAGACUAUAGAUCAGAUCAAUUGCUGCACAUCUCUUCAACAUCUUGACCUGUCAGACAACAAUAUAUCCCAAAUAGGAGAUAUCUCUAAGCUCUUGUCUCUAAAGACUCUGUUGCUGCAUGGAAAUAUUAUAACAACAUUACGGACGGCACCUACUUGCUUGCCACAGAGUCUAGCUAUUCUUUCCUUGGCAGAAAAUGAAAUCAGAGACUUAAAUGAGAUUUCUUACUUGGCUUUUCUUCCUGAACUGGAGCAAUUAUCAAUUAUGAACAAUCCCUGUGUGAUGGCCACACCUUCUAUUCCUGGGUUCGAUUAUCGGCCAUAUAUUGUCAGUUGGUGUCUUAAUCUUAAAGUCCUUGAUGGCUAUGUGAUUUCUCAGAAGGAGAGCUUGAAAGCAGAAUGGCUUUACAGUCAGGGAAAGGGAAGAUCAUUUCGACCAAGCCAGCACAUUCAGCUAGUACAAUAUCUGGCCAGUGUGUGUCCUCUUACUACUAUGUUUGGGCUCCAAACUGCUGAGGAUGCCAAACUGGAAAAAAUACUACAUAAACAAAGGUUGCACCAGAAGCAACUAAUGUACCAAAGUCAAGCUGAAGAUCCAUCUGUAUCUUCAUCUCUGCACAAAGGGCUGCCUGCUACUAGUGAGCCGAACAGUCCGGUCCACAGGCCACAAAUAAUGACUGAAAGUGAACCUGUUAUCAAGAAGAAUACUUGGGUUGCAAUAAAAUCCAAUGAUGACCAAUCCUAUGCACUCAAGAAUGUGUCCCCAGCUUCAGUGCAGGCUGAAAUAAGUACUUGUGAGGAUUUUUAUUUGGAUGACAUACAAACUGAUGAAGACAAAUUGAACAGUAGUCUUCUGUCCUCUGAGUCAACUUUUAUGCCAGUUGCUUCAGGACAGUCUCCCGUAUCUCCUAGUGUUGGAGAACAGAGGCUUCAAGGAAUAGGUGCUGAUAUGGAGGAUGCAGGGGCUGCCGAUUUGGAGAUUAAUAAACAAGAUAAAGAAAAAGAUAAGACUAUGGUUCUUGGAGAGUAUGCCAUCAAAUCGGCAAACAUUAUAAAAACUCAAAAAGAAGAUCAAGACAAGAUCACAUUGACCAGUUCUAGUUUAUCAGUAGCCACUGUCACUCUACCUGCUAGCAUUAGCAGUUGUCAAGCACCUCCUGAAGACCAUCUGGAGCAGAAUGGCCUCAAGCAAUCGAGUGCAGCUGAAGAGAACUUAAUCAAAACUGUCACCUCUGCCAAACCUCUUGAAGAUGUAUCUGCCAAGCCUCCUGAUGUAUCUACAUUAAUUAAAGGAGAAGAUGUGCUUGAAGAAAUGAACAGAGCAGCCAUCAAGCUUCAAGCCUGUUGGAGAGGAUUUUAUACAAGGAACCAUAAUCUCAAAGCCAAGGAGGUGCGCUAUGAGAUUAGACUCAGCAGAAUGCAGGAGCACAUUAUACAUUUAACAGAAGAAAUCAACCAAUUAAGGAAAGAAAAGGAUGAAGAGAAACUUCAAAGACUUGUGCAAGAAGAAGCUGUUAAAUUCCUUUGGAACCAGGUUAGAUCUAUCCAGGAGUGGCAGCUUUCAGUAAACCCACAUCUGAGUGCUCUCUGGCAAUGUGAUAAUCCAGCAUCGAACAUUUUGAAUCCCCCCAAGCUAUCCAUGGACUCUUCAGGACUCAAUCAAAGGUCCUCUCCUGUUGAUAGUUCAACGUGGCUAGUUUCAGCUGCUGAGGCUGGUCAUCCAAAAUAUACACCACAGUUUCCUGACUCAGGCUUCCAUUCCUGUGUGACAGACCAGAAUUGCCUUAACGAAUCAAAGUGCCCUGAAGAAACAUGGGGGAGAGUUGAUGAAAGCUCCCUGGGGAAUUCUUUGGAAACAGUCAAACCAAAUGAAGAUGCCCUUCCAGGAUGUCCCUCAGAAACUGAGAUUAUCUAUAAGGAAUGCAGUGAAGUGAGCUUCAGUAGCGAUCAAGACAAUAGUCUUCUCCAGCAGUAUUUAAAGUCAGUUGAGCAGUUAGAUAGGGCUGAUGACAAGACAAGUUGUAGCAGUGAAGCAGAAAAUAGCAGGCCUCCCACAGCCCUUUCGUCAGAAGACCCAAACAUUGGAUGUAGUGCUGGGUUAGGCUCUCAAGAAGUGCGUGCGUCAACACAAGAUGGAAUUGACCAUUCAUCAGAAAUCUGUCAUUUGAAAGACAAUGAGGCAGAAGGAAAACAGACAGAUUGUGACACUUCAUUCCAGGCAUUUGCUGUUAGCAUAUCUGUGUAGCAGAUCCACACUUUUUGUUAUUAUUUAUACACGUUUUCUAUACUUUGGGGAAGGAAGGAAUGAGGGAGGCAUGUUCUUAUGGACUGUUGGAACAAAUUUGAUGGUGAACUGUUUUGCUAAUCCUAAUCUCUAACACUGUGUUAAAUUGUAACAGGUAUGUUUCACUAUGAUUAAUACAGUGCACUUAUUUUUUAAUGUGAUUUGAACAAUGACAGGUUUCUAAGUAAUAUAAUUUAAAAGAUUCUGACUCCUUUUCAUAUUAUCAUGGUUGAACUAAGAAGUUAUCCCCCGUGAAGAAAGAUGAAGAAUACAGUCUUACUAUGAUACUCAUUUUAAUAAAAUAUAGGGGAAAAUUAUGAAUACUUGUAAUAUGAGACAUAUAGGAAGACAAGGCAUUCACAAUUAAUGAUAGGUUUUGACCAACAGUUUGAAAAUAUAAUCUUCAACUCAGGAACUAAGCCAUAAUCUUACUGUAUUUGCUCUCUCUGUUGCAUGUAUGCAGUAGGUGGGAGUUUAAUUUUAGCCCUCCUGUGAAUACCAAAAUCCGUGGGUGCUUAAGCUCCAUUAUAUACAAUGCCAUAGUAAAAUGGUGUCCCUUUUAUAAAAUAGAAAAAAAGUUUCCUUUUUGGGUUUUAAAAAAAUGAAUUUAAAGCUGUGGAUAGUUAAAUCUGUAGCUUCAGGAUCAGUGGAUAGAGACCAACUAUGUAUCAAAACUUGAAAUACUACAUUUCAAAAGUCGCUUGUUACUUUACUCAUUGCUCUGAUCAGGCAAUACAUUGUUACAGUUAAACUUCAGUCCAGAAAGGUAACUCAUUUUUAUAUGGAUUUGCCAUAAUAUAUAGGCAAAUUUACUCUGGUUCCCCAAAGUAAGUCAAAUCAGAUAAUACACUUUGAAAAUUCUGAGAAAAAAUGCAUGCAAAAUGAACCACUCCUUCCUAGCUGCAGCGUGAAGCAGAUACCUUUCUGCCUUUUCCCAUUGCUCAGAUUGAAUAAGGCAUAUCAGGUCAUGCAUGAAUAACAAGCAGCAAACUUAUUCCAUUCCACUGAGUAGUAGUGAAUUACAACUUACUUACUUAGGCAAUCCCUCACAGCCCGAGGAUGAUGGCCCUCCAAGUGUAGUGUCUUGGCGGUGGAUACGUAGGUGGCUGUGGAGACCUAUUCUUGAUCCACAUGUUCUUCCACAGUGAGAACAUCAGUAUCCAGGUGGUUCCAGUCAGGAUUGCCUUGCACCUUCCUCUUGGCACAUUUCUCCUUUUUGCCCUACAUUCUUGCCUCUACAGCCAUGAUAACUACAGCCAUGACAAGCAACUAAUUGCCAAUGUGACACAAGAACAAAUGGCUUAUGUCCUAGCUCUGGUACGUUUCUUUUUUUAAUAAAAUAUUUACUUACUUGUACAUACCUUACUCGUACACAAAUUAUGCUUUUCCAGAACUCAGGGAAAGUGUUCUCUAAAGGUGAUGGAUGCAGCAGGAGAUGUUAAGGGCUAAAGAGGAAGAGAAGUCACCCUCUAGCAUUACAUUCCAGAGUUUUCUAAGUGAGGGUUGCUGGUAGAAUUAUUUUUAUUGAUUACAUAGCAGAAAGUCGGUCAUAUGGGUGGGUGCGCCUUUUAGUUGUGUACAGUGAGCUGUAUUAAUUUGACAAUUGAACUGUAAGAAGGAUGGGCUGAAUAUAUAUAAAUUGCCUUGGUAGAUGUCCUUGUUAGUAAGAAGGCAACAGGGCUGUGAUUAGAGCUGAUUGCUAAAAAAAAAAAAAAGAACAAUUCCUUAUUAGAAAAACCAUCCUUACUGCAUUACAGAGACCUUUGGGUCUUGAGCUUUCCCAAGAGAUGGCAUGCAGACUGUGUUUUUCUCUUUAGAAAAUUGCCAAAAUUGCCAUGGGGAAUUUUGCUGUAAUCAUAGAAAGAGGCAGUUUGUCAAAGUGCUCAUCACUUCAACUUGAACCUUCAGGUGUACUACUGUUGUAUUUUGGAAUUCAAGGUUUUAUGCUGUGAUCUUGUAUUAGAAAAAGGAAGAUGAAUGGGAGAAGGCUCAGUUGGCAAUUUGCUUAGAGCAGUGGUCCUCAACCUGUGGGUCCCCGGGUGUUUUGGCCUACAACUCCCAGAAAUUUAUUUAUUUAUUUAUUUACUUUGCUUAUAUACCGCUGUUCUCAGCCCGAAGGCGACUCACGGCGGUUCACAGCAAUAAGAGACAGCAAAAAUUCAAUGUACAGUAUAAAAACAGUUAACAGCCUAAUCCAUUACACAAUUAAUAACAAUAAACAAUUAACCAGCCAGUUUACCAGCUGUUAGGAUUUCUGGGAGCUGAAGUCCAAAACAUCUGGGGACCCACAGGUUGAGAACCACUGAUUUAAAGAGUCUUUAACCCUUAUCUCGGCUGCCUUUGUUCAAGAUAGCCCUUUUUUUUUCAUAUUGCAAUCUUUACUCCUUCACUCAUUCUUCCCUUAUUUUGAAAUGUCUUGGCAUUAUGAGAAGUCGCUUUCGUAGUAUGUGUAGAUUAUAGUCCCAUUCCAGUUCUAAAUAUGAAAUUAAUCCCUGUACAUAAAGCAGAACCACAUAAAUCCAUUAUGUAGAUAAGAAAUUGAUUGAUUAAAUUACUAUUCUAUGCUAGAGAAAGAGAUGGCUGAGCACAAAACUUUCAGUGGGAAAAUUACUUUAAGUGUAUGCUUGAAUUUCACCCUUCAAAAUUGAUAGGCGUUAAAUAGGAUUAAUUUUGACUGUUUUAAACAUUCUAUACAAUUAUCUUUAUAAAAGUAAAUGUCUUUUCAUGAAAAACAAAGGGAUUAAGCACAUCUGCCUUCCACUUAGCUUAAUAAAACUUGUCUUCCAUUCCUACAGAAAUCGAAUGAGAAUGGAAAGAUCCAGCAUUUUAGAUCAUGCAUCCUCAAACUGUGGCCCUCCAGCUGUUUGGGCCGUCAACACCCAGAAUCCCUGACAAUUGAACAAGCUUGUUAGGGCUUCUGGGAGUUGGAGGCCCAAACAGCUGGAGGGCCGCAGCUUGAGGAUGUUUCUUUUAAAUGGUUGGACAGUUGCAGAAAACAGAGAGGUGGAGUACAAAUAUUGACAGAACACUGAAAUAAAACCAAAAUUAAAAAAUAGAUAAUGUAGCAAUUUUAAUACCUCCCCAGAAAGACAAAAGGUUUUUGUCAGUGCCAUAACAAUUCUACAGAAAACCACAUUUACAAGUAAGCUUCGGGAUUUCCAUAGUUUUUAUUUAUGGCAAUGGAGCUUGAAAAGUCAUGCACAAAGGUUUUCCCUUGCAAAUCUAUAUGUACUUCAUACAAGGGUGUGUGUGUGUGAAUUUUUUUAUUAUCAUUUUUGCUAUUCACAUCUGCACAUGUGAAGAUAAUACACAAUAUAAAAUACGAAGGUCUACUCUUUCCAGCUUUGGCAUACUAAAAAGUUCUGUUUGGUAUGCUUUGCUUGCAUAGAAUGUAGGUAUCAGUUACAGGACUUUGGUCACCUUCUACAGACCUACCUGUAACUCAUAUAAAUAUAUGUAAACAUGCAGAAAAAAAGCUGCGGCAUUGCAUAGAGCAAAUAUUAAGAAAAGUUUUGAGAGAAGUAAAAGUAAAUUGCAAGUGUCCAAAUUAGCACAGGAAACGACUUAGUUCCUUUUGAACUAUUGCUGAAUUCGUAAAAUGUGGAUGUGUAUUUAUGUGUAACAGAGAAAGAGCUUUCUUUUUGCCAAAAGAACUGUAAGAAGUAUGAAAACUUUUUCAGGCAUUUGAUUUACUGUUUCCAGUGGGUUACAUGCAUCAUUAUUAGACCAUGAAUGUAGUAUAAUCCACAUAUCCGUGAGUGAUAUUCUAGACUCUGACUUGAUACGCAAAACCACAAACCAUAGUGAAUCCUAUUGAAAUGAAGCCCCAGAACACCAGAGUCAUGCUGGAGGACCUAGAAAAUGUUGAGAGAGACUGUGUCUUAGCAAAGAGAAUAGAUGAAGCCAUGGCUACCAGUCCCAUGGAUACAGAGGUCAUACUCUAGUUUGGUGGUUCUCAACCUGUGGGUCCCCAGGUGUUUUGACCUACAACUUCCAGAAAUCCUAGCCAGUUUACUAGCUGUUAGGAUUUCUGGGAGCUGAAGGCCAAAAAAAACUUCUGGGGACCCACAGCUUGAGGACCACUGGUCUAAUUCUUGUUAGACACAGUUAUGUCUUAUUGAGUCUAGGAUCCCAUGGCAUUUAUUUAUUUUUUUGCUUGUAUGGGAAUUAUCUGCUAGUUCCCACCAAUCACCAUAAAACUGGUGGAGGGGACAGUAAGGAGUUAUGAUCAUCACCAUAGUGGUGCUACAUAAAACUCAUAGUUCUGUGUUAUUGAGAUGCUUGUUUCUCAUAAUGCCUCUCCCCCCACACUUUUUAACAAGGCCACACUCUGCAAAAAGUUUCUUUUUUAAAUGUGCAUUAAAAUAUAAUCUAUCUUUAUUUCCUGCUGAACAGCCUUGAGCACUGGACUACCAACUCUGGAGACCGGGGUUCAAAUCCCUGCUCAGCCAUGAAAACCCGCUAGGUGACCUUGGGCAAAUCACUUUCUCAUCCUCAGAGGAAAGCAGAGGAAACCACUGAACAAAUCAUGGCAAGAAAUUUUUUAAAGGGUCACCAUACGUAAAAUAAUUUGGAAGACCCAGAACAAGCAGUCGCCUCAUAACUCUGUGUGCGUUUUCAAGUGAUUUAUUUAAAGUUCUCUCUAGCAUUUCUUUUCUUUUAUGCACUAUAUUUAAACUCCAGUCAUGUAUCUAGAUAUUUAUUAAAAUCAAAUAGUCUGCUUUUUUAGUAAAUAUUUUAGGACUGUGCAUUUUCAUCUUGGCCCUCAAUUUUUUAAACAAAAGAAGCUGGGAAUAUUAUAUAUUGGUAAUAAUAACAUGAGCAGAAUUGAAAAGUUCAGCAAGUCCUGUGAAAGGUCUUCAGAGCUUUCAGAAAGACAUAGUGCUUAAGAUUAUGCCUUUCUUUUUUAUAUAAAAAAGCAACACAGGAGGGCCUGAGAGAAACAUGUACAUUUGUGUCCAUGAAUGGCUGUUACCAUUAUGAAAAAAGGCAAUAUUAUUUAUUUCAAUUUGCUCAGUCAGGAACAAAUGUAAGUAUUAUUCACUUUAAACUGAAAGUGUAAUAUGAGUUUUAUAACAUUGUUUUUUACCAAAAGAAAAUGGUCUGCAUGCUCCAGUUCUUGCAGAUUUGCAAUUCUGAUUAACUUGCAUUGAUGUAACAGAAUAAACACGUUUUCCAAAU